AUGGGGAAAGGAGGAUCCCUAAGCGAAGGCGUAUUGAAGAAGAUCAUCCUGUCAUACACCUACGUCGCAAUAUGGAUCUCUCUCAGCUUCACAGUCAUCGUCUACAACAAAUACAUCCUCGAUCGGAAGAUGUACGAUUGGCCUUACCCAAUCUCACUAACCAUGAUCCACAUGGGUUUCUGUUCUUCCUUAGCAUACAUCCUCGUCAGUGUUCUCAAAGUCGUCGAACCGGUUCAGAUGACUCGCGAUAUUUAUCUCAAAUCCGUCGUUCCAAUCGGUUUGCUUUACUCUCUCAGUUUAUGGCUUUCGAAUUCCGCUUACAUUUAUCUCUCUGUUUCUUUCAUUCAAAUGCUCAAAGCUUUAAUGCCUGUGGCCGUUUACUCCAUCGGCGUUUUGUUAAAAAAAGACGGGUUUAAAGGCGAUACCAUGACUAACAUGCUAUCAAUCUCCUUCGGUGUCGCCAUCGCCGCUUACGGCGAAGCUAAAUUCAAUAGCUGGGGUGUCAUGUUACAGCUUGGUGCUGUUUGUUUCGAGGCUACCCGAUUGGUUUUGAUUCAGAUCUUGUUGACUUCGAAAGGCAUUACAUUCAAUCCAAUUACUUCUCUUUACUAUGUCGCUCCUUGUUGUUUUGCUUUCUUAUCAAUCCCUUGGAUCAUCGUUGAGUUUCCCAAACUCAGAGAUACCUCAAGUUUCCAUUUCGAUUACUUCAUCUUUGGCACAAAUUCUUUGUGUGCAUUCGCUUUGAAUCUUGCUGUGUUUUUACUUGUUGGAAAGACUUCAGCAUUGACGAUGAAUGUGGCCGGAGUUGUCAAAGAUUGGCUGUUGAUUGCGUUUUCUUGGUCUGUGAUCAAGGACACUGUGACCCCCAUUAAUCUACUUGGUUAUGGCAUUGCUUUCUUGGGUGUUGCUUAUUAUAAUCAUGCGAAAUUACAGGCACUUAAGGCUAAAGAAGUAGAAAAGAAGGCAACCCAGGUUGAUGAUGAAUCUGGUAAACUUUUAGAGGAGAAAAGUGCAGAAAAAUCUUCAGACAAUUGA